AUGAAAGAUUUGUGGACUCACACCUGCACGGAGAUCUGCGCCUUUUUGCAUGUUGCCCAGACGGUGCCCAUUGUCUACAUCCACUCUGCCAAUGAUAAGUUCAGUCACUGGCAAUUUGUUCACGUGGGCUCUGGAACGUCUGGGAAGGAUGAGUUCAUGACCAUCAACGUCGAAACAGGACUCCACCUAACAGCUCCCGGUAAACCAGAUUCUUACAAAGUAGAAGCAGUCGCUAGUACUAGUCCUAACUUUGUUGUAGACUAUUGCAAGGCUGGACCAACGACUGUGACUCGCGACUCGCCCGCAUUGCAACGUACUCACUGGAAUGUCGUACCAACCAGGAAUGAUACAGGCACCUAUUGGAUUCUGUCAGCGGGUAACAAAGAUAUGAAGCUUCUCACAAGCUCUUACCAGACUGCGGAUAACACCAAGUGUGAAAUAUGGAAUGGCGGGAACGGGGUAGCUGGAGCAUGGUGGUAUUUAGAGCUUGUUGACGGUCAAGCUGCCACUUACCCUGACAUCGGGAAGGCUCCAAAGCCUGAAUAA